ACAACUUUACAAAAUAAUUAAGUUAUUUUUUAUUCGCCCAAGUUUCAUACUUUUACGUUAAUUUUCCUAUUUGAAGCGAUAAAAGUUCAGUUUGGGAAAGACCAACAUCCGAUAAUAGAUUUGCCGUCUAAAAAUAGCCUACUUUGUGAUAAAAACAAAUUCCGGACUAUCGCGUAAAAUCACCACAGACUGCAAGGCGACUUCCUUCUCCUGUGCUUAUUUAUUUUCUUUGGCAUGUUUCCACUCAUGGGGCGUGACACAAUAUAUUUUUCAUCACCAGGAGGAUGCUCUGAAAAGCAAAACAAAUUGGUCUGAGAUAUUGUGACAAAAGGAUUUGCAACAAAUAUGUUUUGCCAACUAAUUAAAAAAAUUGCGGCAAGCGCGGUACGUGCAGGCAUUCGGAUAUACGAAGACUUGAUUCUUGAGGUUUACGAGCCUUUAAAAGAUGCGGCGGUUAUUUUUCUCGGUGGUCUAAAAGCCCAUUAAAUCUAAAUUUAAUUUAGUUGUAAAAGAUUUUUGCAAUACAACCUUGACUGGAUUUUAUUACCAUGACCAGACUGGUGAGGACAAUCUUUUUGAUAAAUUUUAUUAUAAAAUUAAAUUGAAUAAAAAUUUAAUUGUUCUUUUAAAGAAUCAAAUCUUAAAAUCAAAAAAUAGAAAAAUAAUUUUUCUCAUUUUUCUUUCUUGUAAAAAGUUUUGUUAAUUUUUUUAAACAAAUAGAAAGGCUUAAUUCUCUUCAGAUCAGAUUUUCCAUUAAAAAAAUCACUAUCAAUAUUUUUAACAAUGAUAAAGAAGCGCCAUGUGGUCUACUCAUCAAUUGGCUGGAAAAAAUUAAUAGAAAGUGGAUUUUAAGAUUUAAUUAAGUUUAUUCUAUUAAAAAUGCUGCAGAGAAGAUCCUACAAAAUUUUAUCUCUGAAAUUUUUACAUUAUAAUGGGUGGAAUUGAUAUUAUAUUAUGCUUCAAACGUUGAUAAAUAAAUAAAAGCACUUAAUUUUAUUUCAAUUUCAGCAACAUGUAUUAUCAAUUUUAUUUAGAGAAUGUUCACAAAUUUUCAGGCAGAGCUCUGGUAAAUCUCACUAGUAUGAAUUAAUUGGUAGUUGUUUCCGCUUUGAACUCCAAUCGCAGCCGUGGAUGCACACGCGAUCCAUUAGAACAACUUACUACGUGUAUUUAGGGGCUGCCGCGAUAAGAUGAUUACUGUUAAAUUUAGUCAGCACUUUCAAGUGGUCACUCGCCACUGCUUCUGUGUUUCCAAACGCACCACGCAUGAGAGAGAAAACCGCGCCUUUCUUCUCUGCUCGUUGCUGCCGGGAAAAUGCGGAGGUGCUUUUUUACCUUUUGGUUUUUCCUUCUGGGCGCAUCCUACGCGCAAAACAAGCCGAUGGUGCCCAGCUUCAUGUUGGAUCUGCUGCAAACGGACCGGCCCGUGGCAGAUGUAGUCCGCAGUUUGUCUCCUUUAAAAAUCGUGACGGUCCAGAGUGAAAAAACGGAACGAAAAGAAAUCCAAAGUCUUCAAUUCAAAAUCCCGAGUUCACUCGCUGGAGAAAUUCUCUUUGAAGUACAGUUGAAAAUCUACGCCAACGUUCACAAUAGACGCAAAAGUUUGUAUGGAAUCGAGCGACUUUUGCAAGUGACGCUGCGCUCACCAGACGAGAAUUCGGUGAACGUGGAGGCGCACCCGACCACCCUGACGCAGGUGUACCUGAAGAGGAACACGUGGCUGUCGGUCAACCUGAGCCAGAGUUUCAAGGUGUGGAGCCAACUGGGGGGCGACGAGCUGCACGUGCACCUACACGUGUUGAAUCCGUACACAAACGUGGGUGGUGGCGGCGACCUCGAAUUCAAUCUGGACCACGGGCAGCGACAAGAGCCCUUCGUCUUGCUAAUGUAUAAUCUGGAAAACAGUCUGACCAGACCUGAACUUGUGACUGCCGGACACAACCUGACCAAAAGAAGCGUCCCAAUGAUGGACUUCUUACGGGAGCCAGAGGAUUAUGAAGAGGAAACGAACAACAUUUGGGACGAGGAUAUUGGCGUCAGGGCGGCUUCUGCCCUUCACACAACCUCAACCACAAGCACCCCGGAUCCCAAAAGCAGCACCUACACCAGAAAGCCACUCAAAAACUUAUGCCGGCUAAAAUCUCUUUACGUCGACUUUUCCGAAAUCCAAUACGACUCGUGGGUCCUCGCCCCGGCCGGUUAUGAGGCGUUCCAAUGUGUUGGGAAAUGCGUGUACCCCCUCAGCAAGCAUCUGACGCCGACCAAACACUCGAUCAUCCAAACUUUGGUGCACUCGAGCAACCCACGCAAGGCGCAGAAACCGUGCUGCGUGCCCACAAAAUUGAAACCGAUUUCCAUGGUGUACCUUGACGAAAACUCGGUCAUCACCUAUCGCCUCAGUUACGAAGACAUGGUGGUCGUCGAGUGUGGGUGUCGCUGAGAAAAUAAUUCAAUAUCCGGUCAAGCGUAUAAUUAUACGUUUUAUUUAAAAAAAAAAAAUCGGAACAUUUAUAAAGUAAUAGCGCUAUCCAAAAAUCUAGUCAGUUGAUUGAAAUAUAAAUGUAUAUAAAAAAAAUAUUUUGCGUGGCAAAUGGUAAUAAAA